UCGGUGUUUUGACAAUACUUCUGCAAGAAAAGUGCAAUUUCAGUGCAAAGAACUACACCUGUUUCUUCUAUCGAAAACUCUAAUAUUUAAAAAAUCUCAAACUGUUCAAAAGUGAAUAUGGAUGUAGAGGCGGUGAACAAAAAUAAUCACGAUGUUGAUUGUAUUGAUGUUAAAGAGGAGGAAAGGAAAAUUUUCUACAAUAUUAUCGCGGCAUUCAAAUGUUAUCGAGCAAACGCUCUGAAUAACGUUAACCGCAGGGAAGCGUAUCUCAACACGCUGCCUACUGAACAUCAGGAAAUGUUGGCAAAAUACCGGGAAUUGCUGCAAAAACUACGCUAUUGCAUUGAUGCGAACAACAAAGUGAUCAAAUAUAUAAUACAAGAUGCGGACUGUCUUUUCUACAACGACUUGGACAACGUGUGCCAACCACAACCAUCAUCGGCAACCAAAGUUCGUACUCAGGACACCCAUAAGGUACAAGUGACGCUCAAACAGAUAUUUCGUGAUUGGAGUAUCGAAGGACAAUCUGAAAGGGAUCAGUGCUACACACCGAUAAUUGAUGAAAUAACUAGUUUUUUCAACCCUCAAAAAUGUAACGCUGAGGAUAUAAAAAUUUUGGUGCCUGGUGCUGGGCUCGGCAGACUUAUUUAUGAAAUCGCCUACCGUGGGUACUACUGCGAGGGAAACGAGUUCUCUCUAUUUAUGCUGAUUGCUUCCAAUUUCGUUCUGAACAGAUGCGUGAUCGAGAAUCAGUGCACGUUUUAUCCUUGGGUGCAUCAGUAUGUAAAUAAUCUCUGUAGAAACAAUCAAAUCGAGCCUAUCACAUUUCCAGACGUGAGCCCAACGAAAUUUCCACCAAAAGGCACCAUGAACAUGGUCGCUGGUGAUUUCUUACAGGUUUACAGGGAUAUGAAUUACUGGGAUUGCAUCGCGACAUGUUUUUUCAUCGACUGUGCGAACAAUAUAAUUGAGUUUGUGGAACUUAUCUAUGGCAUUCUCAAGCCUGGUGGAAUUUGGAUUAAUUUAGGGCCACUCCUAUACCAUUUCAGUGACGUACCACACGAGAAUAGUAUUGAACCAACCUAUGAGGAUUUAAUCAUUAUUGUACGAUCAUGUGGAUUCAAUAUUCUGAAAAAUAGGACCGACCUACCUACCAAAUAUGCGCAAAAUCCUAGUUCCAUGCACCAAAGUGAGUAUAAAAGCAUAUACUUGGUUUGCAAGAAACCAGAAAGCGAGUAGCGUGCACAGAAAUUAGCAGCGUACUGUCAAAAUAUCUGCCUUUGUUAUACUCUUUUAUUAGUAUUGUCGACAAUUUGAAUUUACGAAUUGUACAAACAUUGAAGGAAUAUUUUCGAGCGUCGUGUUGCUUGUAGUAUGUAGUUUCAUAUAGCUGAGGAAUUGUCUUCGGAGACGGUUCAGUUGUGAAGCAUUCAUAUCUGAUGGAACGUCUACUGGCGAUGCGUUGUUUACUUUUACCGAACCAAUCAACCCUAGUUUCUGUGCCGACAGCACUCCGUCAAUAAUAUCCUGCGUUAUCUUGUCCAUUUCGAACAAAAAAUUUGUUGAACUGAGGGGAGGCUAUGCAGAGAAAUAUAUAAGAUAUCAUUCAUAUUGAAAGAACUGAGAAACAAUCAAAUUAA